AUGUCCCUGCCUUGGCUCCUCCGCUUCCCCCAGCGGCCGGGCCUGACUCGCCCCCCUUGCCUUGCAGAGGACGCCGCCGGCCGCUACAUCUCCCCUUUCCACGAUAUCCCCAUCUACGCGGAUGCCGGCAAGAAUGUGUUCAACAUGGUUGUGGAAGUACCUCGAUGGACAAAUGCUAAAAUGGAGAUUGCAACAAAGGAUCCCUUAAACCCAAUUAAGCAAGAUGUUAAGAAAGGAAAACUGCGCUACGUAGCUAACGUGUUUCCCCAUAAGGGUUAUAUCUGGAAUUACGGUGCUAUCCCACAGACUUGGGAAGACCCAGGUCACAAAGAUGGAAAUACUGGCUGCUGUGGAGAUAACGAUCCAAUUGAUGUGUGUGAAAUUGGAAGCAAGGUCUGCUCUCGAGGGGAAGUCAUCAAAGUGAAGGUGCUGGGCAUGCUGGCACUGAUUGAUGAGGGAGAGACAGACUGGAAGAUAAUUGCUAUCAACGUUGAAGACCCUGAAGCAGGCAACUAUAAUGAUAUCAAUGACGUCAGAAGGAUGAAACCUGGAUACUUAGAAGCUACAGUGGACUGGUUCAGAAGAUACAAAGUACCUGAUGGAAAGCCAGAAAACCAGUUUGCUUUCAAUGGCGAAUUUAAAGACAAGGAUUUUGCAGUGAACAUCAUCAAAAGCACUCAUGAACACUGGAAAGCUUUAAUAGCGAAGAAAACUGACGGAGGGGAGAUCAACUGCAUGAAUCUGACGGUGUCUGACAGCCCUUUCUGCUGUAGUCAAGAGUGUGCAAAAGCUACUGUGGAUGCAGCACCGCCGUGUAAAGCUGCCAACCCGAUCCCACCCGAAGGCGAUUAA